GGACGGUGCUUUGUGUCGCGCUCAGGACUGUAAUGGCCGCCAGGUUCUUGUUUGUUUACCAGGCCGACGUCACGUGCUGCUCGCUGGGAUUGGCUCAAAUCGCGAUGGGGCCUUCACGUACCGGCCGGCCAACGAAAAGAAUGCGGAGGAGCGUCGGAAAAAAGAGAACUCAAGUUCAACCGAGCCGGGCAAAACCAAGUCUGCGACGCCAAGGAGGCGUCUGAGUUUUUCGGAGGCCUGGCAUUCUCUUGAAUUCGUCGUUUGAAUUUUUUUUUAUUAUUCUCUCGCGUUUCCCUUUUCUAUUUUAUAUCUGGCAUAUUUGUUUAUUUAUUAGGAGCGGUAUUUACUGAGAUGCGCUUCAGACCGAAGUCAAGGCCGCCUAUGACGUCACUGACGAGGGGAGGACAUAUCGCGAGAGUUUGGGUGGUGGCUUUGGCAUAUUUCGCAGCUCUCAAAACAGGCAGGCGACACAAAGACGGGUAGGAAUGCUUGAGCGUUCACAUUUCAUGCUUUCGACUUCGAGCAUCUAGCUGCACGUUACGUUUCUAGGGUUGCAUUGAUCGAAGAACAUUUAUGCCGUUAGCGUUAGCUUUCGUGGCUAACAGGCGUUAUUCCCCACGAGCUAAUGCUAACGUUAGCUCUGGCGAGGCUCCGACGUUCCCUUGAAUUUCUUCUCUUUUCCACUAUUGUGCAUUUGAACGCGGAAGCGAAGACUUGUCCGCGGCCUAAGUGCCGCAGCGACCUCGAGCGCGCGCCUCGCACGCCCGCUUAAUGUCAACACAUCGGAGCUGUUCGCACUUCUGCCAAACGAUCGCUAGCACGUCUGCUUCCACGUUCGAACGCGUCGGUCGACCCCGAGUCGCCUUGAUGCGCAUCCGGCGCGGUUGGACCGAUCGAUCCAUCGUCUCCGUUGAUUAUUGUCCACCAAGAUGUUCUCGCUUUGUACCGAAGCGACUCCCUGACCACGUGACCCUCCUUUUCUCCUCCCCGCUUCGGUUGUCUGCGGAGGACGUUUGUAUGCCCGUUGUCGUCCUCACGCUCGUGUUGCCGCGGCCAGCCCGGGGGCGGCCGCGAAUGCGGGCACGAGCGAAGACCACAAUGUCUGCUUGUCCUUCACUGUCUUUCAGGGCUCCGCUUUGCCUCUUUGCUCCAGACUUGCCUUGGCGCCGGACGCCUCUUGAACUUGUUCUCGUCGUCUUUGACCUGCGAUGGAGGGCCCUCCGAAAGGCUUCGCGGCUGGGCGGGGCCACCUGGCCGCCGCGGCCGCGGCCCUCGAGUCCUUAAGCUUCGGCAUGAACGAGCAGCGGCCCGUGCGCCCUAUGGGGGGCGGCGGCGGCGGCCGCGAAGGAGAAGGUGCCGACGACCAGGAGAGCGGCUCUCACGUGCCCCGCGGCGGUGGCCAUCUUGGCGGCACAAUGAAGCUUUUCGCCAGCUUGGGGCUGUCACCCUCCGAUCUGGACGUUCUGGCUCAGAUCCCCGAGGAGGACAUCAGCGUGGAGACGCUCCCGCAAAUCCUCCUGCAGCUCAAGAACCGCAAGGCGGGCCGGGGGCCCUCCUCCGGCUGGGACGACGGGGGCAGGAUGGGCGGCGGCGCCUCUUUCUCUCAGGCUUCGGGCUCAUCGGACUUUGGCUUCGCUUCCGCCGGCCGCGCCGCCGCCGCCGACUUGAAUUUUGGCGGGGGCCGAGAGAGGUCGUACGGGGAGCUUUCGCACCGCGAUUCCUAUGGCGGUCCGCAGGGGGCUUCGCUGUCCCAGGCCGCCUUCUCGCAGCGCAGGAAGGGCUCCCCGUCGCUCGGAAAAGUCCAAGACUUCUUGGGAGCCGCGCCCCCACGCUUCCCACACGUGUGCUCUCUUUGUGACUUUGAUGUACAUUCUAACUUGGAGUGGACCCAACACACAAACGGACUUCGACAUGCUGAGAACAGGCGUGUGCUCGUCUCCAUGUACCCCGAGUGGGAUAUCGGCGGGGUUCCCGGCAGAAGCGGCAUCAUGGAGUCCACCAACCUGUCAGCAGGGCUUCUGGGGCCCGCCCCGGCGCCCAGGAUGCCGUCCGGUUGGGGAUCGGGACCGGGUUUGGGUCUUGGCAUGUCCAGGCAGAACCACUCAGAACCCAACGUGUUGAGGAGCAGGGUGGUGGUGGUCAAAUACGACAGGAAGCCACUCAGCGUCAAGACUUUGUUCUCCUUUGCCGAACCUUUCGGGCGUCUGCAGGAGCACCUGGUCCUCAAGACCAAGGCGUUUCUGGAGAUGGAGACGCACGAGGAGGCGAUGGACAUGGUCAACUACUACCAGCAGAACCCGGCGACGCUCUAUGGGAAAUCGAUCACCUUCUACCUGUCCAGGCGGCUGAUUGUCAUCCAGAAGGAAGAGCGGGCGUCGGACCGAGCGUCCUGGGACGGCCCGCGUCGCAGCAGCCAGGUGGUCUUCUUCUCCAACUUACCCAGGGAAGAAGACAAGAAGAAGGAGCUGCUGACGGUCGCCGCUCGCUUCGGCGACGUGGAGAAACAUCUCUUUUUGACGGACCAGGCCUUCAUCCAGUUGGGGAGACCCGAGGACGCCGAGAUGAUGGUCAAGUACCACACGCUCAAUCCGCUCACCAUCAAAGGACGAGCCGUCCGCCUCAACAUCUGCACAAAGUACAAGACCCUCAACAUCAACCGCAGACAGAAGGAAGCGGGCGGAGGGAGCGGUCGGACAGCCGCAGCCAAGAAAAGGUCGUCCCGAUCCCGCUCGCCUUCCGGGAGCCGGGACGGGGAGGGAGGAGCCAAAUCGGCUUCGGAGGGCGAGGCGGCGGACGACGACGACGAGGGAGUGGCGGGGGUGCAGGAGGGGGAGGAGGGUCGGAGCGCCACGGGUGCGGACAAGGACGAUGAACCCAGCGAGCCGCCCGGGGGAGGCCAGGACGGCGCUCAGAAUGAGGCUCGCCAUGAUCACGGGGAUGGCGGCGACAAGGGCGGCGAUGCCAAGGAUGGCGGCGCAGACGCGGGUGGUGCCGGGCGGCGGGGGGCGGAGGAGCGGCCGACCCAAGCGGCGAGCGCCGUCGAGCAGGCGACGGGGGAGGGUGACGACUUCCUGGAAAACAUGGAGGACUUUGUGACACUGGACGAGCUCCCCGAGGAGGACGAGAAGGAGGCGGCGACAGAUGAAGGAGCGUCGGACGGCACCGACACAUCCAGGAAGGGGGGGCUGCGGGUGGUCAACGUCCUGGGCUUCAGACGAGGCUACAAAUUCCUGGACGAACUGCUGGGGCUGGCCACGCCCUUCGGGAAGGUGGUAAAGCAUCUGGUCCUGGACUGGAGGCCCGAGGCGUUCCUACAGUUUGCCACGGAGGAGGAAGCGCGGGCGAUGGUCAAGUUCUACAACGGCAACGUCACGCCGUCGGUGUGCGGGCGCCCGGUGAGGGUCAACCACUCUUUGACCUACCCGACCAUCCAGUGCGGCGCCAGCAGGGUGGUGUAUGUCGGCCAGCUGCCCAACGGCACGUUCGAGGACGAGGACGUCCUCAAAUUGGCCGAGCCCUUUGGCAAAGUCAAAAAGUACUUCCUGAACCCCAUCAAGAGGGAGUGUUUCCUGGAGAUGGAGAAGGCCGAGGCGGCAGACCAAAUGGCUCAAGCGUACAAAACCAACCAGGCGAAGUUGAAGGGUCGACGUCUUCUCAUUUACGUCAGCAGGAAGUACACGCAGCUCAAAUACGGACAUAGCUGUCCCAGCACUACCAAGAGGGGGCCGAGCAGCUCGUCUCCAAAGUCCUCCAAACCUUCUGAAGAACCUCCGGCCAAGAAAAUGAAGGAGAACGAGGAGCACCCGGAGGAAACGGAGGAGCCAAAAGAAGAGGUCAAACGCCAGGAGGAGGAAGAGCAGCCAAAGGCAGUCAAGCAGGAAGAAGAGCAGCCAAAGUCAGCCAAAGAGGAAGAGGAGGAGCAGCCGAGGCCGCAACAGGAAAAAGCCAUCAAAGAGGAGGACGACGACGACGAGGAGAAGCUUGAAGACAAACAAAAGAAACCUGAAGAUGGGGAGGAGCGGAUGGAACCUCGGGAGGAAGAGGGCAAGCCGAGCUUGGAUGUGAAGAUGGAAGCGGACAGCCCAGAGAAGAUUCCCGACGUUCCAGAUCGCCAGCCGACUGAGGAGGAGCCGUCGGCCGAUCGAAGCCCCGCCCCGCCCGCCGCGGCGUCUUUGCCGCUGCCGCCGUUUGAACCCGACCGAGCCAUCGGUGUGGAACACAUCAAGAUGGGUUACUACUGCCGCGUCUGUCUCCUCUUUUACUCCAACGAGGACACGGCCAAGAAGACGCACUGCAGCAGCCGGACGCACUACGACAAGCUGCAGAAACAUCUGGAGAAGGAAGGAAGCAGAGGCGGAAAGAAGCGAGCCGACAAGACCAGCGCGUGACUUGCUCUUCACGGCAGCCGGUUUUCUUUCUCUUUCGAUGGUGACCCUAAAGAGUGGCGCACGUUAGCU